GAAAAAAGAUGGGAGCAGGGAAACCCUGCCAAAAUAAGGAGAUACUGAAGCUCCCCAAGUUAUUCCAACAGUUUUUGGGGUCCAUCACUUGGGCCCCCCCUCGAUCUGCUAUACUUCCAGUACUCCUGUGCAGGUACUGGAAGACCCUGGCUAUCUUCAUACAGAUCCUCAUCGGUUUGGCAAUGGGCAAGAUGGUUCCCCAUUAAUGGUAGAAGCGGUCAAUAAUAUUGAAGCCGAAGACCCUUUGUGCACCUUCUACCCCACAAGCUUUCUCCAGGCUUCAGAGGUGGAAAUGAGAGGUUCGGAGGAUGUUGUCCCUGGCACUGUUUUACAGCGGUUAAUCCAGGAGUUGCGUUAUGGCAACCCCAACGAGAAUAUGAACCUGCUGGCUCUCCAGCACCAAGCUACGGGGAGUGCAGGGCCCUCCAACUCCACUGCCAGCAGCACCCUGUCUUCUUCGGUGGAAAACCUUGUGCCGGAUGACCCACAAAUGGUCCAGCAGUCAGCACGGCAGGAACCACAAGGCCAGGAACAUCAAGGGGACAACACGGUGAUGGAGAAGCAGACCAGAGGCUCUCAGCCUCAGCAGAACAAUGAAGAAUUACCUUCUUACGAAGAAGCCAAAGCUCAGUCUCAGUUUUUUAGAAGUCAGCAGCCUAGUGUUGUUGGGCCCAGUUUCUACAUGGCCAGCAGCACUGGUCCAAAAUCUAAAAUGGAAGGUAGGCCAACUUUGGCCCGUGCCAACAGUGGACAGGCCCACAAAGAUGAAGCCCUGAAGGAACUGAAACAAGGCCAUGUGCGCUCCUUGAGCGAGAGAAUCAUGCAGCUCUCCUUGGAAAGGAACGGGGCCAAACAGCUUCUUCCUUGCUCGGGGAGAAGCAAAGGGGUCAAAUCCAGCGGGCCUUCUCCUUCCCCGGCUCCCAAUAAAGGCAUGGAUCUGAGGGGUCCCCCUCCAGAUUAUCCAUUCAAGAUCAAGCAGGGAAGCUCUCCAGGAAGCAAAAGUCAAGAGCCGGGGGUGUUUUUUAAUGAACAGCAUCCUGGAACACUUCAAGAAAUGACAAAGGCCUCCUAUUCAACAUCACAGCCAGCGAGGAGCGAAGUAGCUAUUGUCCGAUAUCAGGGUCCCCCAGAAUAUGGUAUCACCAGUCGUCAGUGUGCAUCGUCUUUUCCAUCGCUGCCAACACCCCGGGAGCACAGCCCAAUGUCCUCCCAGACCUCCUCGCUUAGUGGCCCCCUGCACUCCGCGUCUCUGCCGCCUCUCUCAAUGGCCACAGCAUCCCAGUCUCUGCCCGCAACGCCGCCUAGCCAGCAGCCCCUCACACCAGAUGCCUUCAUGAUAGUACAGCGAGCACAGAAAAUGGUGGAGAUGUUGUCUGAAGAUAAUGAAGCCCUGCAGAAGGAGCUGGAGGGCUACUACGAGAAAGCAGACAAGCUUCAGAAGUUCGAAAUGGAAAUUCAGAGGAUUUCAGAAGCUUAUGAGGACCUUGUGAAAAUCACCACCAAGAGAGAGUCACUAGACAAGGCGAUGCGAAACAAACUUGAAGGUGAAAUCAGAAGACUCCAUGAUUUCAACAGGGACUUGCACGACCGACUGGAGACUGCAAAUAGGCAACUGGCCAGCCGAGAGUUUGAGGGACAUGAAAAUAAGGCAACAGAGGAUCUUUAUGCCUCUCAGAACAAAGAGUACUUGAAGGAGAAGGAGAAGCUAGAAAUGGACUUGACGGCCUUGCGCCUCACCAAUGAGGAGCAUCGAAGACACAUUGAGAUCCUUGACCAGGCUCUGAACAGCGCUCAAGCCAAAGUCAUCAAGCUAGAAGCAGAGCUGCGGAAGAAGCAAACGCAUGUCGAGAAGGUAGAGAAGCUCCAGCAGGCCUUGACCCAACUUCAGGCAGCCUAUGAGAAGCGAGAGCAGAUGGAGCAUCGAUUGCGUACCCGGCUGGAAAGAGAGUUGGAAUCCCUGAGGCUGAAACAGAAACAAGGGAAUUACCAAGCAGCCCCGGUGCCUGAGUACAACGUCCCAGCCUUAAUGGAGUUAGUGCGGGAGAUACUUUGGCCCCCAGCCACUCCCGCAGUGGCAGCUACAGCGAGAGCUCCCUGGAAGUCCGCAUAUGGCAGGAAGAACAGGAGAAGAUGCAAAACAACCAGAAGCGUCAAGACAUGGAAUACACAAUAAAGAAUCUGUAUGCAAAAAUCAUCGAGAAAGAUGCCAUGAUCAAGGUCCUUCAGCAGCGAUCCAGGAAAGAUACCAGCAAAGGAGAUUCUGCAAGUUUGAGGCCCGCUCAGUCGGUCCCCUCGAUAGCCGCAGCUACGGGAACACACUCCCGUCAGACCUCCCUUAACCACACCCAGGGCGUUGAGGAGAAGAAAGAAGAGAAGUCCUGGAAAGAAAGCAUUG